ACUACAUUAUCAUUUGCACGCAGCGCUCCAUUGAAGCUACGACGUGUAAGCUAGCCUUGGAGGCAACGUACGUCUCUUCUACCGAAUAAUUUUCAUAUUUCGGGAAUUUCUCAGUAACACUUAGUUUCAUCAUCAUGCGUGAAUGUAUCUCAGUCCACGUCGGUCAGGCCGGAGUCCAGAUGGGCAAUGCAUGCUGGGAGCUGUACUGCCUGGAGCACGGCAUCCAACCUGAUGGUCAGAUGCCCAGUGACAAGACCAUCGGAGGUGGUGACGACUCCUUCAAUACCUUUUUCAGCGAGACUGGUGCUGGCAAGCAUGUCCCUCGUGCGAUCUUUGUCGAUCUAGAACCUACCGUUGUCGAUGAGAUUCGCACCGGCACCUACCGUCAGCUCUUCCACCCGGAGCAGCUGAUCACAGGCAAAGAGGAUGCCGCCAACAACUACGCCAGAGGUCACUACACCGUUGGCAAAGAGCAUAUUGACCAAGUGCUGGACAGAGUGCGCAAGUUGGCUGACCAGUGCACGGGUCUCCAGGGUUUCCUCAUCUUCCACAGCUUCGGUGGAGGCACCGGCUCUGGCUUUACCGCUCUGCUCAUGGAGCGUCUCUCCGUCGACUACGGCAAGAAGUCCAAGCUGGAGUUUGCCAUCUACCCGGCUCCUCAGAUCUCUACAGCGGUCGUGGAGCCCUACAACUCCAUCCUGACCACCCACACCACCCUGGAGCACUCCGACUGCGCCUUCAUGGUCGACAACGAGGCCAUCUACGACAUCUGUCGUCGCAACCUAGACAUUGAGCGUCCGACUUAUACCAACCUCAAUCGUCUGAUUGGUCAGAUUGUGUCCUCCAUCACUGCAUCUCUUCGCUUUGACGGUGCCCUGAAUGUCGACCUGACCGAGUUCCAGACCAACUUGGUUCCCUACCCACGUAUCCACUUCCCUUUGGCCACCUACGCUCCUGUCAUCUCUGCCGAGAAGGCCUACCAUGAGCAGCUGACCGUUGCUGAGAUCACCAACGCCUGUUUCGAGCCGGCCAAUCAGAUGGUGAAGUGCGAUCCUCGUCACGGCAAGUACAUGGCCUGCUGUCUGCUUUUUCGAGGUGAUGUCGUUCCCAAGGAUGUCAACGCUGCCAUAGCAACCAUCAAGACCAAGCGCACCAUCCAGUUCGUCGACUGGUGUCCGACUGGCUUCAAGGUUGGCAUCAACUACCAGCCACCUACCGUCGUGCCUGGCGGUGAUCUAGCCAAGGUGCAGCGUGCCGUCUGCAUGCUGAGCAACACCACGGCCAUCGCCGAGGCCUGGGCUCGUCUGGAUCACAAGUUCGAUCUGAUGUACGCCAAGCGUGCCUUCGUCCACUGGUACGUGGGAGAGGGUAUGGAGGAGGGCGAGUUCACUGAAGCUCGUGAAGAUCUGGCAGCCUUGGAGAAGGAUUACGAGGAGGUCGGCACCGAAUCAGAGGAAGGAGGAGAUGAUUAUGACGACGCAGAAUACUAAGAAGUAGCAACAUCCAUCUCACCAAAACACAGGAAAAACUAACUACGCACAUAGCUAGCAUUUAGUUUGCUGAAAGUUCAACAUAAUAACGAUGGAGAAAACCGAGUUACUGUUAAAUUUCACUCAAGCCAAAGAGAGACAGGAAAAUUGAACUCAUUAGCAUACAAAUGACCACAAAGAAAACUCUAGACCGAUCACAAUUACUCUAUAUACAUUGUAUUUCUUGAAUAGCAGGGCUGAAUUUCAAAAUGGCGGGAAAAUAAAAGCCAACCUAAGCAUAGGAAAAAGAGAGAAGGGAAUCUAAAAUUAACUAUUGUUUCUCUUUAAAAGUGCACUCUAUAAACUUUGAAUGGAAUGAAAAUUAUUAUUAAAAAUAAACAAAUAAAUAAACAGCAAGAAGGUUUAAGGCAAAGCAGAUGGAAUGCGCGUUUCCUUUUCGAACUGACACGAGCAUUAUUUCUGUAGCAAACUAUGUUGCAAUUAAAUGUGAAGUCAGAUCCGCUUA